AUGGCUUUGCAAAAAUUAUCAUAUAAUAAUAUUACCAGAAUUUCAUACUCAAAGAAUGAUCAGAUGUGGGCAACACGUAUUGGUUCUAAGACAGCUCGAGCUAUGUGUAUGUGGUCACAUUUUCAUUUUUGGCAACAUCUGGACUAUAAAGCACGUGAGUAUCCAUGGUGUCGAACAAUUAUUUGUACAAAAGAAUUACAAGUAAAACUUGUGGAUUCUGUGGUUACGUCAACCACAAGCUGGGUGGAUCUAAAGUAUUUUGUUGUCCUAAAUAUAAAACAGAACUCGAUAGGAAUAUUAAUGGUGCUCGCAAUAUUCUUCUUCGCUACUUUACUAAAAAAGAGUCAGUUUAAGCUGACAUAG